ACAUAAAUCCAAAAUUUAAAAACUGUGUGUGUGUGAGAGAGAGAGAGAGAGAGAGUCCAAUUAUCCAUCCAUGGUGGUGGGGGCUUCUCCUCCUGGGCCGCCCCACUCUCAUCAUCAUAUCAUAUUCAUAGCCAAGAAAAUAAGAGAGAAACUGAGAGAAAAUAAAACCAAUUAGAGGUAGAAAGAAGGGGGAAAAAAAACGAAGAAGGGGAAAAGGAAAACCAGAGAGAAGACAGCCAGGACAGGAUCAGGAAGAGAGGGAAAAAAAAAAAAAAAAGGCUUCCACUUUUUUCUUCUCUCCUCCUUUUUAAUCUUCCCAGAUCUACUUAUAGUGUUCUUCACGGAACCCAAAUCCAGAAUUCACUUUCAGGUUUGGGUUUCAACCUGGUUCAUUUAAAUUUCUGCAGGCGGGUUUGAAUCCUCUUUAUUUGUUAGUCUAUGUAAUCUGGUGUUGUGUUAAACAUUAGGGUUGGCAAUUGAAUAUAGGGGCUUGAAAUUGGCGUCUUUGUUUUGGAAAUCUUUUGCAUUUGGGUUCCGAAUCUUCUGUGAUAUACUGCUAGAUUUUUGUUUUUUCUGAAACCCUGGGAAAAUUUUCGUAACCGUGAUCUGGGGAUGGCGACGAGAGGCAGCAGAUCGGAGAAGGUGAAGAGAAUCUUCCAGCAAUUCGACGCCAACAGAGAUGGCGGGCUGAAUAGGGAGGAAAUGGCGGCUCUCGUCGUCGCCGUAAACCCUAGGGUCAAGUUCAGCGACGAGCAAAUAAACGCGAUUCUCGACGAGGUUUUCCGGACCUACGGCGAGUUCAUCGACGGCGAGAAGGGGCUGACGUUCGAUGGGCUGUUGCGGACCUACGACGACGGCGCCGGCGACGUGGACCGCGACUUCGACGCGCUGGGCCUCGAGCUGAAGGCGGACAAUGCGUCGGAAGAAGCGUCGUCGUCCUCAAUAGCCGACGAGAGGGUGGCGGAGCCGCACAAGAAGCAGCGGACGGCGGCCUGGGCGGCGUCCCCGAAUCACGGGAUCGUGUUCGACGAUACGUGGAAGAUUGUGGACGAUUUGGAGAUUUUGAUAAAGAGAUUGAAGGCAAAGCAAGCCAAGGAUGGGAAGUUGAAGGCUGACAAUUCUGAUUUGUAUUCGGAUCCUGGAUGGUCCAGAGAAUUGGGGCCGUCUUCGGAGAUUUCGGACAAGAGGGUUUUCUGGGAAGAAUCUGGGCAUGAUUAUGCCGUGUUUGUCAAAGAAUUGGGAGUUCUGAGGGCUAGGGCUGAUGGGGCGAGGUCCAGAGAAGAAGCUUUUGAUGGUCAUAUGGCCAUUGGCAGGGUCUUGUAUGAUCACCAACUGUAUAAGGAGGCUUUGGUGAGUUUCAAGCGAGCUUGCGAACUUCAACCGACCGAUGUGAAGCCGCACUUUAGGGCUGGGAAUUGCUUGUACAUUCUUGGAAGGCAUAGAGAGUCCAAAGAAGAGUUCCUCUUGGCUCUUGAUGCGGCCGAGGCAGGUGGAAACCAGUGGUAUUAUUUGCUUCCUCAGAUCCAUGUUAAUCUUGGAAUUGCUCUUGAAGGCGAAGGUAUGGUCAUUAGUGCUUGUGAGCAUUAUAGGGAGGCUGCAAUUCUUUGUCCAACCCAUUUUAGGGCUUUGAAACUCUUGGGCAGUGCACUGUUCGGAGUAGGUGAAUAUAAAGCUGCUGUGAAAGCCUUGGAAGAGGCCAUUUACUUGAAAAAUGACUACGCCGAUGCCCACUGCGACUUGGCUUCGGCUUUGCAUGCAAUGGGCGACGAUGAGAAUGCAAUUAAGGAGUUCCAGAAGGCUAUUGAUUUGAAGCCCGGUCAUGUGGAUGCUUUGUAUAAUUUGGGCGGGCUUUAUAUGGACAUGGGUAGGUAUCAGAGGGCUUCAGAGAUGUACACUAGAGUUUUGGGUGUGUGGCCGAACCAUUGGCGUGCACAGCUCAACAAGGCUGUGUCGCUGUUGGGUGCUAGGGAAACCGACGAAGCCAAGAAGGCUCUGAAAGAAGCACUGAAAAUGACAAACAGAGUUGAGUUGCACGAUGCUAUUUCGCAUCUGAAGCAACUCCAGAAAAAGAAGAAAGGAAAUGGAGCUGCCAAUGGAGAGGAGACAUUUGUUAUCAUAGAACCAUCAAAAUUCAAGACAGUUGGCGAGAAGACAACUCUGAGGCAGAACCUGGCCAGUGCUCUUGAUGUGAGGGCUUUUCAGAGGAUCACAAGGCUUAAUCGCUGCGAUGUUGAACUCCUAAAGAAGGAGAUGACUGAAAAUGAUACGCCAGUGUCAUAUUCUGGCAGUGGCGUCCCUGAGAAAUCCAUACGCAAGGCCUCAUUGGAGGUUCUUCAGCGCUUGCUUAAUUUCCUGAAGCCAGAAACUUUUGUGGGAUCUGUUAAAGCAGUAAACCAGAAAAUCCUAUCUGUUCUGGAUGAAUUAGAGUCAGGUAGGGUGGAUUUGGGCAUGUUUUUUGCUGUCCUUGCACCUAUUUGCAGUGGUUCUCCUGAAAAGAGAAAACAGGUUGCAUUUGAUGCACUGUUGUGGCGGCCUGUAAAUGAAGGUUCUGCACAGAUCAGAAAGGUUGAUGCAAUACGAUACAUCAAACUGUUGAGAGCCAUCUACAUUCCAGCCCGGGGUAUGAGUGAAAUGCUGGAAAUCCAUGGAGAGACUGAUGCCUCCAUGGUGUCCUUGACAGAAUUCCUUGUGAUGUUUGAUGAUCCAGACUGGGGUUUUGGCAUCAUGUCUACUUUACUAAAGCUUGAAACCGUGGACAGAAAUCGUCAUGGUAACCAUGCUUGUGCUGUUUGCCGCUACCCAAUUAUAGGAUCCCGCUUCAAGGAGAUGAAAUCUCACUUCAGUUUGUGCAGUCAAUGCUACAGCGAAGGAAAAGUGCCUCCUACCUUCAAGCAGGAAGGGUAUAAAUUCAAAGAGUAUACAAGUGAGGCAGAAGCAAUGCGAGAUAAGUGUAUGUGGUUCAAUUUGCAUAGUAAGACCUCAUCCUGAUGUGUGAUUCUUAUGUUUUGGCAUGAUCUUGUAUUAUUCCACAUCUCAGUUUAGUAGUUGCGUGUGAAAUAUAUAGUCAGUAAAUUGUGUCCAGUGGGCUCUUUUUCGCCCCUGUAUAAUAAAUCCUCAGUAGUAGUUAACG